AUGGAAAGUGCUGCGAGUCAUGCACCUACAUUCAUGAGUGAUUCAGAUACGACAAUUUAUGAAGAUCAACCCUGGUUUCUGGACAAGCCAGCCCAUCAGCAUCACGGCCAUCAUAACGAACAUGGCCAUGAUCACAAGCAUGGCACAGAUUGGUCAGAUAUCUUGGAUGGUGGACGAAAUGUGACCCGCAUCGCCAUACUUUCUCUUUCUUUGAACAUGGUUGUGAUGCUUUUGAAGUGCGCCGCUGGCACGUAUCUACACAGCUUAUCACUUAUGGCAGAAGCAAGCCAUGCCGUGUCCGACUCACUCAGUGACCUUUUAACGUUAGUCUGCAUGUACAAGGCAAGGCAAAGACCUAGUGCCAAGUUUCCGCUCGGGUAUGGCAAGCUGGAACCCCUGGGCUCGUGUCUUUCGAGCCUCAUGCUCCUACUGACGUCUCUCGGUAUAGGCGCCCAAGCACUGUUUCAGUUUAUCGAGACCGUUUUUCCAUCCUAUCUCGCAUGGGCGAAUCAUAUCUUAUCUUGGAUUCCUGUACUACAUGAGCAUCAUCAUCACCAUUCUCGAGACAUUGAAAACGAGCAUGGAAAAAGCUUAUACGGUUUGGCUUUGGUCGUAUUUUCCAUGCUGGCAAAAGAAGCCAUGUACCACAUCAUGCGGAAAACUGCGCGGGUCGCACAAAGUUCCGUUCUUGAAGCUAGUGCACUGCAUCAGCGGAUGGAGAGUUUGGGUUCUGCCAUGUCCCUAGUGACCAUCAUGUUUUCGUCUUUCGGAUACGAAUGGCUCGAUUCGCUUUGUGGUAUCAUUCGUGCUCUGUAUAACGGCAUGGAUUCUUGGCAUCUUACACUGACGUCUCUUGGACAAUUGUGUGAUUGCAGCGCAAACCCCGAGACCAUAAAAGAGGUGCAAGAACAAAUGGAAUGCGCAGUGAUACAAGCUCAACAUCUGCCCGAGCUGCCAACCUUUACUUGGAACAACGUCAUCGUGGUGUCGCAUGGCUCAGGUCUGAGCAUGUAUGUGACUCUAUUACUACCAUCUCACACAACACUGAAACGAGCCCUCGCUGCCGAAGCAUGGGUGCAGGAAUACUUCCAUACACACUAUACCAAGAUCCAAAUCCUACGAAUCAAGAUGGACAUUCGCGAGAAAAUGGAGUAG